UGCGUUCGAAGAAGCAUUGACAGGACCCCUAGCCAAAUCAGGCUUUAGGUGUGAGCCUCAAGCUGUUAAAACCAGUGGUUAUAACUAAGCAUUAUUCUAAUUAAACGAUUUGCUUUAACUUAACUUAAUAAUGCUUACGGUUUUGUUAAACAGUCAACAAUAUUAAGGUCGUAUUCAAGGGGUAUGUUGUAUCGUGUUGUCUUUCCGUUGAUUGACUUGGAGAUAAUCGAUCAUGGCUACUACUGAGAAUGCAGAGACGGGUUUACCAGAAAACAAAGGAGACCAUCAUGGGAGUGCUUACCUGAGCACAAAGCACCCAACGAAAGUCCAGUACUGUGGCGUGUGCUCCUUGCCAACAGAGUAUUGUGAGUACAUGCCUGAGCCAGCUAAAUGCAGGCAGUGGCUGGAGAAGAACUUCCCAGAUGUGUUUGCCAGAAUGAGUGUAGGUCCGACAGGAAAUGCUCCCAAGCAGGACACCGGCUGUGAAGAGGCUCCACCUGUUGGAGAGGAGGAGGAGAGGAAGAAGCCGAAGAGAGGUGGCAGAGGACAGAUCAAACAGAAAAAGAAGACUGUGCCUCAGAAAAUAACAAUAGCUAAAAUCCCCCGCGCCAAGAAGAAAUACGUCACACGGGUCUGUGGAAUGAACACAUUUGACAUUGACCUUAAAGAGGCUCAGAGAUUCUUCGCUCAGAAGUUCUCCUGCGGAGCCUCUGUGACGGCGGAGGAUGAAAUCAUCAUUCAGGGAGAUUUUACAGAUGACAUCAUCGAUGUCAUUCAGGAGAAGUGGCCUGAGGUGGAUGACGACAGCAUUGAUGAUCUUGGAGAAGUCAAGAAGUGAAGACCCGACGUGUGCUUUUAGUGAGAAUGGAUGUGACCUGUAACAACAACAACCUGGCCAAAUGUACACAUUAACAUUAAAAACGGAGUCGUUUUAUAUCUAUUUUAUUUACUGUAUACAAACUGUGGACUCGGCCACCCCACUUGACAUUUUUCAGUUUUUGAUAGCUGCUCUCUUGUUUGCCAAAGGUCUGGUCUGAUGAUCUGAAUCCUUCCAAAACGCUUUUCACUCGGCAAGCUUGUAGGGUAAUAAAUGUCGGUCUCAAUCA